AUGGAAAAGAAAAAUCUAAAAGCAAAUGACGUUCUAAAGGAGUUAGGCGUACAGCUCGAACGCUGUGAUGCCCAAAGAAAGGAGGAUGGCCCUUUGACAUCAACCACAGUAGGGAGUUUAGAGGAGGUAGGCGGUAUAUUCGCGUCAGAUUCUGGCUCUGAAAUGAGCCUGGAAUUGGAAAAUAGCGUAGCUAGCAACGCUAGCUUCGCCAGUAUGGGUAGCGGAGAGGCCCAGAGAGUGCGCAAGAAGCGCACUCGCGCCUCGGAUGCAGACGCCGAAGCAGAUGAUCAUCCGGAAUCUUCGGCGUUCAAAAGGAGAGGCACCCCUGUGCCUAAAAGGGGUAGAGGCCGCCCGCCCAAUAGUGGGCAGUAUUUGGGGCUGGCGAAAGGGAAGCGGGAGCUCAUGGAAGCCAGGAGGGCAGAGAUGGAGCUCCAGGCGGAGAAGGAGGUUCCAGAGCUGAUCCAAAGGCGCCGGCUCGAUAGAGCAUUGCGCCCCGCUGGCUUUGACGACGUAGUCGACUCUCGCCUUUCUUCGACCCUGCUUGAGAGGGUCGAUGAUGGCAUUAAAGUCAUCACCAAAGUCGCUACGAAAUCAAAGAACCUAAAGGGCACUUUUGUAAAAGCCCUUAAGGAAGCGGCUGAGAUGAUCCGGGAGGCGGUGAACGCUCUACAGAGCAUAUCAUCGACUGAUGAAACCCGCCGCCUCCAGGGCGACAACAAACGGCUGCGGGACGAGGUGGCGACGCUCCAAAAGGAGGUUGCUAGCAUGCGUCUCAGUAUAGAGAAGGCGGCUCGUCCAGCCCAGGAACGGACGCCGGCACCGACACCGCAGGCUGAGUAUAUUGCGCGUGAUGUACUAUCCCAAGUAGGGACGAUGAUCAGCGCGCGAUUCCAGGCUCUCGAGGAGCGCUUGCUCCCGGAGAAGCGCCUGAGGCCGCCUUUGGCUGCGGAUAGGCGCAGCGCCGAACCUGGACCUUCAUCGGCACCAGAUCCCACCCCUACCUCUCUGGGAGAGACGUGGAGUGCAAUGAUCUCCGCCAAGCCAAAGAGGUCUGUGGCUAAGCCCGUCGCGACGCCUAAGCCACCUGCGGCCGCCGUGAAAUCUAUUACGGUGCCGAGGCCCCCAUUGGUCGCAACGGGAUCCGCUGCGGUGCCCAAGUCCGGUACGGCAUCAAGACCCGCUGUGGCCACCGCGACGCCAGCCGCCGCUAAUAAAAAGAAGCGGAGGCGUAGAGGCCGCAAACUACGUGCCCCUACGACGGCAGCUGUAGUAAUCACACUACAGCACGAUGCCGUCGAAAAGGGGGUAACGUAUAGUGAUGUUCUCACCAAAGCCCGUCAGAGGUUAGAUCUGACGGCCUUGAACAUCCCGGCAGGCCUGAAUAUAAGGCAGGCGGCCACGGGAGCUCGAGUUCUCGAGCAUCCAGCAGGGGUCACGAGCGAAGCAGCGGACAGUUUCGCCGCGAAGCUCCAUGAGGUCCUCGCCGGAGAGGCACGGAUCGCCAGGCCGGUGAAGUGCGCUUACUGGCCUGGA